AUGAGUAGUGUGUUAUCAUAUUCCCACUACACCAUCUCUCAAACUAAGGACAACCUCAAAGUAUCUGAGACCCAUUGGUUUCACACUGCUGGCACAGGCUGCUUUUUCUUUAGCACUUUGGCAUGCAGUUUUAGUGUAUGCAUUAAGAUACAUCAUUUAAACAACAAGAGAGAUAAUGAUUAUAUAAAUAUAUAUUAUAAAAUAAUCAAUCAUUACACUACCGUUACCACAAUUAUCCUUCCCAAAUUGUGUUAUUCAUUGGUCUCAAUUACUCGCAAGUUCCUUUUAUUUAGAAACAACACAUCAUGUGAUGAAAACUCAGGACGCUCAAUUCCACAUGGUGGCCACUUCCUCAUUGAGAAAGACAAGGACACCAGUGCGUUUCAAGGCACGAACGAACGCCUCUACGAACACAUUUUAGCCUCGGCCUUCAAGAAGCACGAUGCGUUCAAGAAUUCAGAGCAGAAACAGAUUUCCAGCCAGUGUGCAUUUACCUACGAGAGGUACUCUGGUGCAUACCUGCGUGCGACUCAAAGAAUAUGUGGCCCUGAAAUCCACAGAAGUGCUGCUCGGUGA